AUGGUGUGUGUCGAUUUUCCUUCAUGGGUCUUUUCUAAACGAAUUGUUGGCGGUCAUCGAAUAUCCAUCACGGAAACACCUUGGCAAGUAGCCGUCAUUCAGUCGGGAUCUUUCAUUUGCGGUGGUUCAAUCAUUAGCUCGACGUGGGUGAUGACUGCGGCCCAUUGCGUUUACGGUGAUCUCAAUAAGUCAUAUGCAGUGCGCGCUGGUUCUACAAGUUUCAAGAGAGGCGGUCAGUUGCGCAAAGUUAAUCGUAUCAUUUACAAUAGCGGUUACAAUGCCAAAACAACUGCCAAUGACAUUGCAUUGUUACGUACAGCUGGGCAGUUCAAUUUCGGUUCAAAAGUGCAAGCCGUUGGACUUCCAACGUCCGAUCUUGAGCCCAGAAAGUAUUUGGUUAGUGGUUGGGGAUCGGUUAGCGAGAAUAAGACACAUCCAACCAAACACUUGCGUGGAGUUAAUGUGUACAAUGUGGGACUACAGCGUUGCAAACGGAAUUACCGUGAUGAGAGUCCAAUCACCAGCAAGCAAAUCUGUGCAUCCGCACGAAAUCAGGAUGCAUGUCAAGGUGAUUCGGGCGGUGCUUUGGUAAACCAAAAAACACAGUAUGGUAUCGUAUCUUUCGGUUACGGCUGUGCCCGGCCCUCUUAUCCGGGCAUUUACACGAAAGUAUACAGAUAUCUUUCCUGGAUUUCGAAGACAAUGAGUUCAUAG